GCAUCCAAGCCUUUUUCCCUUCUCUUUACAAAGUUUUCCCACCACAUAUAUGGCAUUGGUUGUAAGCAAAUUUGUCUCUUUACUCAACCUCUAUUUUCUUCCUCAUCCUGUACAAGGUAUUCCUUUUCAAAAAGUUGUCCUUCGGUGAUUAGACUAGAAGAUCAAAACCCUCCUUUAAAAAUUAUUAUUACCACCUUUAGUAGCUUUCAGUUUCAGGGAUCCAAGGUAAAGAACAAAAAACAGGUAGGUUAUGGAAACUUUUUCUCCAUUUUAAUUAAUACCUGAGCUCCUUGUUUGUGUAACUUCAACAACAAACAAAACCCUGAAGAAAACACUCCUCAGACUUCUCUCAGAAAAAUGGCACUAAGCAACAAUGUUAUCGGAGCCAUCAACUUCGUCGCCAUGCUUCUUUCAAUCCCGGUCAUCGGUGCCGGAAUCUGGCUGGCAACCGAACCGGAUAAUUCCUGUGUAAAGAUUUUGCAAUGGCCGGUUAUUAUCUUGGGCAUUUUGAUUUUGGUUGUGGCUCUUGCAGGCUUUAUAGGAGGCUUUUGGCGCAUCCCGUGGCUCCUUAUAUUCUACCUUGUAGCGAUGCUCAUUCUCAUAAUAUUGCUCGCCUGUUUGGUUGUGUUUAUUUACAUGGUUACAGUUAGGGGCUCGGGCCACCUUGCACCAAGUAGAGCUUACUUGGAGUAUCGUCUGGAAGAUUAUUCAGGAUGGCUCCAGAGAAGAGUUCGGAGGCCUUACAAAUGGGAUCGGAUUAAAACUUGUCUUGCCUCAAGUCAAAUAUGUGCCCAGUUGAAUCAGAGUUAUCAGGGGGCUCAGGAUUUCUUUAAUGCCCAUCUAACGCCAUUGCAGUCUGGAUGCUGUAAGCCCCCCACACAGUGUGGGUACACAUUUAUUAAUCCAACGUAUUGGAUAAGUCCUAUCAACAAUGCGGCAGACAUGGAUUGCCUGCAAUGGAGCAAUGACCAAAACCAGCUAUGCUACAACUGCGAUUCAUGCAAAGCCGGAUUGCUGGCAAAUCUAAAGAAAGAAUGGCGAAGAGCAGACAUCAUAUUACUCAUAACUCUCGUUGCUUUGAUCUGGGUUUAUGUGAUUGGAUGUUGUGCCUUCAGAAAUGCCAAAACGGAAGACCUCUUUCGAAGAUACAAGCAAGGAACCACUUACACGUAAGAGAAGAGAUAGAAUAUGAUUAAGCAGUGUGAAUUUGAUUCUAGAUAGCUUAAAUUUUAUCAACUUAUUGUAAAAGAUAGUAAAACUAUGUGUUGGGUUUGGUGAUAUAAUGAGGGACUAAAGCUGCCAAUGGGCGCGGCUGUGCUUGAUUUGCGGAGGGGCACCGAAAGUUGAUUGCUUUUGAAUUGAAUAAUUGUUGUUGUGAUGGUGGCAGGCAAUUUAAGGGGCCAUCUUUUAAGGGAAGAGAUUUACUAGCUAGGGUUUUUUUUUUUU